UUGCUUUUUUUAGCGGUUCUAGCAGUCCUGGGAGAUUCUGAGUCUUCUUGUCACUAUGCUUGGAAUAAUGCAGAAUUAUCGAUUAUAGCUUCUUUACCUGAAUUUAAUUUGAUAUUAUGCUAUUCAUCAAUUUGUCGAGUUCAUUCUUUACAUUUUAUAAAAAAAGCAAUAAAAUCUGAAUGGAUGAAUGCAGCUAGUAAAGCAGAGAGUAUGCUUUCUACCAGUAAUCUUCAAACUCCUGGAAGUGCUAGAACACAACCAUCAACUCCACAUUUUUUCUCUCAUUCAUUAUCUAAGUCGCGUAAUAUGAAUGAUGAUUUCUUGUGGGCUACUCCGAAAUCAACUUCAGUACGGACGCGUUCAAUGACAGCUGCUGCAGCGCUAGCACAAUCUCUUCCAUUUCCAUCUUCGAGUCCGUCAACGAAGAAUUCUAUUAGAUUGUUGAUGGAAUUGUAUUCGAUCUAUAAAAUGUCUUGA